AGGUCCCGCGGGCGCAGCGCUCCCCACCUCCCUGCGCCCGCCCGAGCUGACCGACGUUCGAACACCCGGCCUCCAGCGAACCGCGCCGCGCGCCGAUAGAGCGGACAUGGGCAGAGCUAUGGUGGCUAGGCUGGGGCUGGGGCUGCUGCUCCUGGCACUGCUCCUACCCACGCAGAUUUAUUCAAACCAAACCGUUGCCGUGCCACCUUCAGGUAACACCUCCCAGAACACCUCUACUAUCCCACAUCCAACUAAUGCCACCACGAAGGCAGACAGUGGUGCCCUGCAGUCAACAGCCAGCCUUCUUGUGGUCUCAAUUUCUCUUCUACAUCUGUACUGUUAGAGACUCUGGCCAAGAAACGUCUCUACUUCCCCAUCUUGUAAACCCAGUCCAAAUGGCGACUACAAGUCCAGUGUGACGAGGAAGAAAUCUAAUUCCACACCUUAUUUUAUUGAUGCAGAAAAUGCUGAGAAUUCCAAAUUUGAUUCAUUUCAAGGACGUGUGAAGGGAUUGACAGAUGAUGAAUGCCGAUAUUAAAUCUGCUGGAUUUUUUUUUUGGUACAAGAUGAAGAGAGAGAACCUCCAAGACUAACCAUGAUUUCCUCGGUUAUGGCUUAAGAAAAAUGGAUGCUUAAAACUCUACCUUGACAACAAGAAUAGAUUUUAUCUAGAAAUAAAAGAUGGGAUGUGGAAUGGA